AUGGAGGCACAGCGCGGCCCUGUAUCUGUUCGGGGAGCCGUAGCUUUCUUUUUCCUCACGGCGCUGUUGAAGAACGGGACUCUCGGUAUGCCCCCUUUUUUCUCUUUUAUGCCGCUAUGUAAGUUCUGUGAUGUGGAGCCUUCCUCCUGCAAUGGUACGGGAACCUGCAUUUCUAACUGCUCCAUCACAUCCACCUGUGUGGACAUCAUUGAGGUCUGUGUCUCUAUCUGGAGGAAGAAUCAGACCGCUUUCUCCAUUGAAACUCUAUGUCAUGACCCGUCCAAGCCUCUUUAUGGAGUUCUGCUUGAUGACUACAACAGCUCCACCUGUGUAAUGAAGGAGAAGAACACAACGAGUGGGAUAGCUCACUUCUGCUCCUGUACUGAUGAGGAAUGUAACGACAACCUCUUAUUCCCUACCAUUGUGGAUCCAACUCCGGAUGAUCCCUUGGUGUCGGUGAUUUUGGUGAGCCUGCUUCCCCUGUUGGUGAUGGGCAUUGUGGUUGUGGGAAUGUUCUUCUGGUACCGAGCCUACCGACGACGCGUGAACCAAGAAUGGGAGAGCAACAAAAAGAAGCGCAAGUCAAAAGCUGGUGGGCUGGACUGUAGUGAUGCCUGCGCCAUCAUGAUGGAUGACGAUAGGUCAGACAGCAGCUCAACACAUGCCAACAACCUGAACCACAACACUGAGCCACUGCCUAUAGAGCUGGAUCUGCUGGUGGGAAAGGGUCGCUUUGCCCAGGUAUACAAGGCUAAGCUGAAGCGGACCACAUCCUAUCAGUUUGAAACAGUAGCUGUGAAGAUAUUCCCGUAUGAGGAGUACGCCUCUUGGAAGAAUGAAAAGGACAUCUUCUCCAACACAGAUCUCCGACACGAGAACGUCCUCCACUUCCUGACAGCAGAGGAGAGGAAGAUGGAGAAACAGUACUGGCUCAUCACUGCCUACCACCACAGAGGAAAUCUACAGGAGCACCUGACGCAUCAUGUGAUCAGGUGGGAGGAGCUGCAGGUGAUGAGCAUGUCUUUGGCCCGGGGUGUCGCCCACCUCCACAGUGACCGCCUCCUCUGUGGACGCCUUAAGGUGCCCAUAGUCCAUCGAGACCUGAAGAGCUCCAACAUCCUGGUGAAGAACGACCUGACGCUAUGCCUCUGUGACUUUGGCCUAGGACUCCGUUUAGACAGCACUCUGUCUGUCGAUGACCUGGCCAAUAGUGGACAGGUGGGUACGGCACGUUACAUGGCUCCGGAGGUGCUGGAGGCCCGGCUAAAUCUAGAGAACACAGAGUCCUUCAAACAGACCGACAUUUACUCCAUGGCCCUUGUGCUUUGGGAAAUGACGUCGAGGUGUGCAGCUAUUGGAGAUGUGAAGGACUACGAGCCUGCGUAUGGCUCUAAAGUGCGAGAGCACCCCUGUGUGGAGAGCAUGAAGGACAACGUGCUGAGAGAGAGAGGAAGACCAGACAUCCCAGACACCUGGCUUAGGCAUCAGGGUGUGGCAGUGAUCUGUGCAACCAUCAUGGAAUGCUGGGACCACGACCCAGAGGCCCGACUCACUGCUCACUGCGUCGCUGAACGGAUCUCUGAGUUGGAGGAUGAGAUAGACAAAUUGUCAAGCCGCAGUUCUUCAGCAGAGAAGAUCCCUGCAGAGCUGAAGAUCCCGAUUCAGGUGGAUAUCCCAGGAGAGGAGGUGAAAAUCCCAGAAAUACAGGACAUCAUAUCUGUGGACUGUUCCGUUAGCGACGAGAAGUGAGACAACGUUUUACAUCUUCAUGGACUCUGUGGAAGAUUUUUCAACAAGUGCACUUAUUCUGCUUUGAUGAAAUUAAAGACUCAGCUAUGAUGUUUAGGAGUUGAGCUCCUGCAUCCAAAUACUUUGAAUUGAUUUCCAGUGUCAUGCCAUUUUCUAGCUUGGCAAAGUGGAUCUCUGGGUGAUGCUUUUGGUCUUAACCGCUUAUGAAAUGUAACAAAUUGUCUUAAUCAGCGGAAAAUGUAAAGAGCCAAAAAGUUAACUAAAAGCUUCCAAAGAUGAGCUGAACAUUGAGACAGUAUUUUGUUAAUAGUCACACAGGCCCUCUUUAUGAGAAAGGAACAGAGCAAUAACUAUUAAACCAAAUAUAUUUGAUGUGCACUUUACAAUGUGAUACUUAUGCAUUACAGACCUUUGUUCAUGCAGUCUAACAUUUUGGAGUUAGGGGUAGUUUGUGCAUAAAGUGUCUUUGUGUGUCCCACUUUGAGAGUGUCAGCAGAGAUAAAUAUUGCUUUAACACUAAUAAUGCCAUGGACUUCAUCCACCCAAGCAGUAAUCCAAAGGUGUGUGUGUGUGUGUGUGUGUGUGUGUGUGUGUGUUUUACUGUGUUGUUUUUACCCAGCUAUACUCAAAUCUUCUGUGCCAGAUGAACAAGCACAAUGUACAUAGAGACAAUAAACAUACAUAUGAGACUAAUCAA